AUGGCGACGAGUUCUGCUGCCGUUACGGCUACAAAAGGACCCAAGCUAAAAGUUUUACCCUUCGACCCUCACGGAGAUCGGUUAGACCUGGGGAAACGAUGGGAAAAGUGGUUCGAACGGUUUGAGAGAGACCUCAAGUAUAACGGAUGUUAUCCUAGUAAAACACCAGAAAUAGCCAAAAUGGCGAUGUUAAUAUACGCAGGCACCGAGGUGGAAGACCUGCACGACACUGCCAGAACCAGGCAGACCAGAAUGCACAGAGGAAGAAGACUGGACUGCAUAUGAGCAAUCUAAAACCAAAUUGAAAAUACUUUUUUCACCAAAACAGUGCAACGACUUUGCUAUCUUUGAAUUACUCCGAAUGAAAAUUGAAUCGUCAGAAAGUAUUACAAGAUCCAAGACCUUCUGGAUCAAGACAUCAUAGAACGAGUUCCAGACAACCAGCCACGCAGUUGGGUCAGCCCUCCGGUGAUUGCUCCUAAACCAGAUUCCGACGACAUUCGUUUCUGCAUCGAUAUGCGCAUGGCCAACAAAGCCAUACAAUGCCCGUAUACGCAAAUACCAACAAUGGCUGAUAUUGUAAACAAAUGUCAAGGAGCAGAACGCUUCACUAAACUGGACCUCAAAGAAGCAUACCACCAGCUUGUCCUCGACGAACAGUCGCGCAAUAUCUCCACUUUCUAUUGCCCUGAUGGCCUCUACCGCUGCAAAAGGCUCAAUUAUGGAACCAAAUCUGCCAAGGAUAUCCUCCAUUUGGAGAUGCACAAGACGCUGUCCGGUAUCCCAAGCCAGAAGAACAUAGCGGAUGAUAUCUUGAUUGGCGGAUCAGUCGAAGAGCAUGAUGCAGCUCUGCCAAAAGUCCUGUCAGCCUUAACGAGUAAUAGUAUCACCGUGAAUCCUGAUAAGUGUGUCUUUGAUGUAGAGGAAGUGCGAUUCGUCGGGCUGGUGUUCAACAAGCAGGGUAUAAAACCCGACCCAAAGAAUGUAAAGAAUCUACAAGAUGCAAGUCAAACCACAAGUAAAGUGGAGCUGCGCUCCUUCCUCGGGAUGGUAGGGUUUCGUGAACGUUUCAUUCCGAACUUCGCGAGUAUUGUCCACCCUCUGCGGCAAAAGCUUAAGGAGAACAUCUGGGCGUGGGACGAAAUGUGCCAAGAGUCAUUCACCAAGUUGCAAGCCUCGUUAAGCGAAUUUUCACUACUACACCAUUAUGUAAUCGGACAUGACACUGAACUAGUUGUAGACGCCAGUAUCACGGGUCUGGGGGCAGUACUUGUCCAGUGUGCAUCGAAGACUGAGGCCUUCCACCCGGUUAUGUACAAGUCGCGCUCACUGAAAGAGGUUGAAACCAGAUACUCCGCGACCGAGCGAGAGGCACUAGCCGUGAGCUGGACAUGCAGGACCGUUACAGUCGAUGGCCGGAAUUGGCAUGGUUCCGAAAUACACCUAAUGCGAACACCACGAUCGCAGCCAUGGAGAAGAUAUUCACCAACAAAGGUGUCCCAGCGGUAUGUCAAUCGGACAAUGGCUCGCCUUUCGAAUCAAAAGUGA